UUGGUAUUUACUUUCCUAAUGCCAAAAUGAGUUGAUUAGAGGACCCCUUUAAAUACACCCCAUGAUACAAUUUCCUUGACAUAGUUGCUAUUUUAGAUUCAUAUCCAGAAGCUGCUAAGGAACCUUCUUACUGGAAAACCCAAGCAGCUCACUCCUCGCAAACCGGAGAAUAAUGAAACAUGAUGCAAACGCAUAAACGAGAACAUCUGUUGGAUAACUGCCCCGCCCUCUGAGAGAGUCAGCGGCGAGUAGUGAGAGAGCAGAGAAGCCACACACACAGCUGAGCGCACAGACGCGCCAGACUCUCGCACAGCGGCUUCUACUCCCGGAUUUCUCGCUGGGACGCACUUGGCGGAGGAUAACCAUGAUGUUGAAUGCAAGCUACACCAACGGGAGUUUCAGUAACUCUUCCCUUCAUCUUGAGAAUGCUUUGACACAGUCCAAUAGCACUUGCGCAUUAUCAGAAAGCUUGAAAAGGAUAUUGUAUUUCCAACCAAUUUACAUGUGGAUAGUUUUUGUGCUUGGAUUUGUAGAGAACAUGUUCGUCCUCCUGGUAUUCCUGCUACAUAAAAAGCGCUCUACUGUGGCUGAGAUAUACCUUGGAAACCUGGCAGCUGCGGACUUACUCCUUGUGUGUGGCUUACCAUUCUGGGCCAUUAAUAUUUCCAGUAAUUUUCACUGGCCCUUUGGAAGCUUUCUUUGCGUUUUCCUCAAUGGCCUGAUUCUGUUGAACCUAAAUGGAAGCAUUUAUUUCCUUAUGAUGGUGAGCAUCGACCGCUAUUUGGCACUUGUCAAAACCAUGUCAUUUGGAAGAAUGAGAUCAGUGAGAUGCGCAAAGAUAAACUGCCUGAUCAUUUGGGCAUUUGCAGUAAUAGCAAGCCUGCCUAAAACAAUUUUCAGAAGGAUCCGAUAUUUCCCGGAAUUCGAUGUCAUGGCCUGCAUCAUUGACCCUCCUUCUCCACACUGGAACGUUGUCUCCGGAUUACUGCUCACUCUUGUCGGCUUCUUUAUACCUGUAACUGUUAUUUUAUAUUGCACUUUCCAUAUAACGAAGGUUUUAAGGAACAAUUCCAUGCAAGAAUUUAAGGAAGUUAAUAAAGAGAAGAAGGCCUCGGUCUUGGUGUUGGUCGUCCUUUUAGUGUUCAUCAUCUGUUGGCUUCCCUUCCACGUUACCACGUUUAUUGAUACAUUUCAUAUGCUGAAUUUGUUCGAUGGCUGUGCUUUAGUUAAUUUUGUUGAAAUUGCCUCACAGAUUUCCACGUACCUAGGCUACAGCAACAGUUGCAUCAAUCCACUGCUCUAUGUUAUGGUUGGAAAUCAUUUCCGGAAGAAAACCAAGGAGGUUUAUAAUCAAUUUCGAAUAAGGAGGCAAAGAGGGAGGAAUGCGUCAAUUCCCACCGAUUUUACAGCAGAUACUAUACGUACUUCCAUCUCUAUGGGACCACAGAAGAACAGGAUAUUACUCCGAGCCUGAUAACAUUUUGGAGUUGAAAAAGAGACAUAUCUAAUGUUGGAUAAAACUUUGUUAAUAAGCUAUUUAUAUUUAAAACGUCAUUCUGAAUAUAUGAUCCGGAAUUAUUUCUGAUCGUUUAAAUCUCACCAGUUCUGGUACAAUUGAAAGGUCCAUCUUGCAUGCUUUUGGGCCGUAAUUCUAGCAUUGUUUCUGAUCUGCUGAUUCUAUCCUGCAGUCUUCCAUCUGUUUUUCAACAGCAUCCUCCUGUUCUCAAGUUUCCUAGCUGCCCCAAGUCAUGUGACUUGUGCUCUGAUAAACUUCAGUCACUCUUUACUGCUGUACUGCAAGUUGGAGUGAUAU